AAAUUUAGAAGAAGCCCUCUCAUUAUUUUCGAAGGAAAUCCACAAUGGAAAGUCCACGCUACUACCGCGUAAUGCUGUGAGUAGCUCAAGCAGAAGGAAAAAGUCGCCCACUUGGACGAAGGCCAGGGGCUGAGAAGCUCGAAGACAGUGCCCGAGAUCCAAACACUACAAGAAAACCUUCAAUUUUGCGUCUUUUUGGCUUCUCAGUCUCCGGCCAUGGCUGUGAUCUCUGACAACGGUUCACCGCCCAACGCUGCGCGCCCCCAGUCCGACACCGCUCAAUCCGACCCCCGAUCGAUCGAUCUGCAAAACGUUAAUCCAAAGUCAAAUACUCCCGACAAGUCGCCGGCGAUCUCAGGCGGAGAGCUAACUCUCAGCUAUCUUUGUGAAAAUCCCAAGCUUGGUAUCCCCGAGAGGGAGUCUGCCGCAGUCGCCACCACAUCUGCUGCUGCUGGAUGCAGUGAUCUCAUUCUUUCGCUGGAGAAGUCGCGAGCGAAGGGUAAAGAGAUUGCCAGCUCCACCGUUGGCGGCGGCGCAGAUGAGGAAAGAUGGGUUGAGAGGGAUUUUCUCCAGUUGAGGGGUCUCAUCGGAAGCAAGCGGGAGGGAGCAGAGCCCGUUAAGGUUGACGGACACGAGAAGAAGGUAAAGAUUGAACCCCUAAACCUAACCCUAGCCCCUCCAGGUCUCUCUCUUUCGCUUAAUUCGUCCAAUCCCUUGCCGAAUGCUCUCCCUCCGAUACCUGUCGGCCCUGACUCAGUCGCCGCCACCGCCACCCCUGCUAUUAAUUCCAUAUCCCAAGCAAGGACUCUUAGCGGCAAUACUCGGGCGACGAAUUCGGAGGAUUUCACCCCGUCUCUCUCGUAUUCAUGCUCUGUCCCGUUCUCUCACAACCCUAGCUGCUCCCUAACUCGCAACUCCACCGAGAAUUAUGAUAUCUCGAGGGAUAACGAUCAGAUAUGGUAUUGUGGAGCUGGGGAAGGGACCAAUGGCUCCGUUCAUAGCCGAUUCAGGCCAGUAGGUGAUGGAAACAGCAUCACUUUCUCGAACCACAGUGGUUUUGCUCACAUGGGUGGAAGUAACAAAGACACCAAUAGCAACACUAAUAAUGGUUUAUAUAAAGCUAGCAGCAUUGCAGAUGAUAUCUCCUUCUACCCAGCGGAACUUCCUGCUAGGCAGGGGAGAGUUCAUGCUGCCACUGUAAGUGCCGAGAGUGGGAGAAGUGCCAUGCUGACUAGGCCCGAUAGGGUGCUUAAGGAGAUUGUCUCAGAUUCAGUUCCUGUUAUGGCGCAGAGGUUGCAGGAAUUACCGACCAACUCGGUAGAGGCAGUAAAAGAAUAUUUGAGGAAUCUGAUGGGUUCUCCCGAGAAGGAGGAGUUCAGUAGUCUCCAAAGGAAGCUAGACAGGAGGUCUGAUCUCACCUCUGAGAACCUUAUAAAAUCUCACAGGGUGCAGCUUGAAAUAAUGGUUGCAAUAAAAACGGGCGUCAUCGGUUUUUUGUCUUUGAAGAUUCGCAUCCCAACUAGUGAAUUAAUGGAAAUAUUCCUAUCGACGAGAUGUAAAAAUCUGAGCUGUAAGAGCUUGCUUCCUGUUGAUGACUGCGAUUGUAAGAUAUGCACAAACAACAAGGGCUUUUGUAGUGCUUGUAUGUGCCCAAUCUGCUUCAAAUUUGAUUGUGCCUUGAACACCUGCAGUUGGGUUGGAUGCGACGUUUGCUCUCAUUGGUGCCAUGCGAUUUGUGGGAUUCAGAAGAAUCUCAUAAAGCCCGGACAAAGCUUGAAAGGAGGAGGCACAAUGACAGAAAUGCAUUUCUAUUGCCCUGGAUGUGACCAUGCUUCUGAAAUGUUUGGCUUUGUCAAGGAAGUUUUCAUGUGCUGUGCAAAGGGUUGGGGUCUUGAGACCCUGAUGAAGGAACUGGACUGUGUUAGGAUGAUCUUCCGUGAAAGUAAGGAUCUUGAAGGGAAAGAAUUGGAAAGGAAGGUAGAUGAGAUGCUUAACAUGCUAGGAAAGAAGCAAAUUUCCACAUUGGAUGCAUGCAAUGGCAUGCUGCACUUCUUCAAAUAUGGCGUUUCGGAUCUUUCUGUCACUGGAAGUUCUUCUAAGAAUAAGUUUGCAGCUCAAACGAGCCAACAGGAAAAUAUACUCCCCCUUCCACCAGUGGCGGCCAUCACUCCACCGAAAUCAACCUUCACUUUAAACUCAAGUUCUUCCAUUUUUGACCAUGUGGAUGUCUUGAAAACUGAUCCAACCCCCCCAAAACCCCUUUCCAUUGAACCAAAACUAGUCCUUCCUAAAGAUGAUGGUUUCCAGAGUCUCGACACAAUCGUUCGCUUCAAAGACGCCGAGGCUAAGCUGUUCCAAAGACUAUCUGAUGAAGCUCGAAAGGAAAUGGAAAGUUACCGUCAGAUAGUCUGUGCCAAAGCAGAGAAACUGGAAGAGGAAUAUGCCACCAAGCUUGCAAAACUCUGCCUGCAGGAAACCGAGGAACGUCGCAGGAAGAAGCUUGAGGAGCUCAAGUUCCUUGAGAACUCGCACUGUGAUUACCAGAAAAUGAAGAUAAGGAUGCAAUCAGAGAUAGCUAGCUUGCUGGAAAGAAUGGAGGCAACAAGGAAGCAAUGGGUAUGAAGGUUUUUAUAUGUUCUGUGAAAGUACUUAGCUGGAUAAUUUGCUAGUUAUGAUUUCUAAGCUUGAAAUGCUGUACUCUAAACACCUUCCUGUGCGCAUUUAUGUUGUCCUCUGACACUUUUCAAACAAAUUCCUACUAGCUAGCACUAAUUGUUCUUAAUGUAGCAGGUAGACUACCAAGAUUGUCAAUUGACUGCAUUGAUACUGGUGAUGUAUAAUUACAUUCUAUGUCCUUGAAAGCAAUCAUCGCAACCCAGCUAGCGGGAUUUGUCGUGUGUUUA